UUUCUUUCCCUCUCCGUUUUGGUGGGCUGGUGAGUGUGCACUUAAUUUUGCUCUCUAAUUGUUUUGAAUUUAUCUUCCAUUUGAGUUAUAUACCCAGGUGGCAGGCCUUUAUUUCAAGUCGGCAUUGCAGUGUGUGUGAGUCGCAAGGAGGUUAAUGUCGGCUGUGUGGAGGUUGGGAGAAGGCAGUGAAAUGCUCUGCCUGGCUUGUUUCCACGUGGGCCUCUGCAGUACCGGGUUUGCCUUCCAUCUCCGUGUCCUGGUGACCCAGGAACAAUAGACUGUGCUUCAUGUGCAUAGUGCGUCUGUUCUUGGAAAACGCCGACUUCAUUUUGCUUUGAGGGAAAGAUAUUAUCAUCCCAAUGCUGUUUUGAUUUAUAUCUCUUUGGGUGAGGUCAGAUCUCGGGAGAAGGCGCUCAGCUCAAUAGAUUUUAAUUCUCCGGUUGAAGAUGAAAUCCACUGAGGAGGGAAGUCCAGCACCCUGUGUGCCAGUCCAGAACUGGCCCGUCUGUAGACCCCCUGAAAAUCAUGGGCUUGGAUUUGGAUAUUCUCAAGAGAAAGGGUUAAAGGCUGAUGGGACCUAAAGCCUGGUACUUGAAUUUUGAUCACAUAAGCUGCCUUAAGUUCUCUUUUUUACACAAAUGAUCCUAGGUAAUUGAUAGAUCCUGUGGUUCAACUGGAUUUCUAGAUAGAAGCUGGAUUCAUGUGAUGCCAGAGAAGUAAAAUUUCGAGAGACUGAAACCAGAUCUGAGUCUCACUGUUCCAGUCUGGACCUCUUUGGUGCUGUAAAUCCUGGAUAUACAGUAGAUGAUUACUACAUUUUUCUUUUAUGGAAUGUUAUAGACUAGACUACCACUCCAUCAAAUAGUGAAGUUGUUGGAAUGUUUGCUUUCUUGAAUGUUGUGGUCACUCUGGCCUUCACAACUCUUAUUGACACUCUUCAGCUUCUGGAGACCUCACUAUCCUAUUAUGUCUUUGUGUGAAGACAUGCUGCUUUGUAAUUAUCGAAAGUGUCGCAUCAAACUCUCUGGCUAUGCAUGGGUCACUGCCUGCUCUCACAUCUUCUGUGAUCAGCAUGGCAGUGGUGAGUUUAGUCGCUCACCAGCUAUCUGUCCUGCCUGCAACAGUACCCUUUCUGGAAAGCUAGAUAUUGUCCGCACAGAACUCAGUCCAUCAGAGGAAUAUAAAGCUAUGGUAUUGGCAGGACUGCGACCAGAGAUCGUGUUGGACAUUAGCUCCCGAGCACUGGCCUUCUGGACAUAUCAGGUACAUCAGGAACGUCUUUAUCAAGAAUACAAUUUCAGCAAGGCUGAGGGCCAUCUGAAACAGAUGGAGAAGAUAUAUACUCAGCAAAUACAAAGCAAGGAUGUAGAAUUGACCUCUAUGAAAGGGGAGGUCACCUCCAUGAAGAAAGUACUAGAAGAAUACAAGAAAAAGUUCAGUGACAUCUCUGAGAAACUUAUGGAGCGCAAUCGUCAGUAUCAAAAGCUCCAAGGCCUCUAUGAUAGCCUUAGGUUACGAAACAUCACUAUUGCUAACCAUGAAGGCACCCUUGAACCAUCCAUGAUUGCACAGUCUGGUGUUCUUGGCUUCCCCUUAGGUAACAACUCCAGGUUUCCUUUGGAUAAUACACCUGUUCGAAAUCGGGGCGAUGGAGAUGGAGAUUUUCAGUUCAAACCAUUUUUUGUGGGUUCUCCCACAGCACCUGAACCCAGCAACAGCUUUUUUAGUUUUGCCUCUCCAAGUCGUGAAUUAGAGCAGCGGCAAGUUUCUAGCAGGGCCUUCAAAGUAAAAAGAAUUUGAGCCACGCAUGGUGUCACACACCUGUGAUCCCAGCUACUUAGGAGGUUGAGGCUGAGAGGAUCCCUUGAGCCCAGGAGUCUGAGGCUAUAGUGAUCUAAGAUCAUGCCACUGCACUCCAGCUUGGGCAACAGAGUGAGACCCUGUUUCUAAAAAAAUAAAGAUAAUUUAGCUAACUUU